UCCGGGGCGGGCGGAGCGGCUCCGGGGCGGCCAUGGAGCGCUCGCCAUGAGGUACAACGAACGGGAGCUGCUGUCCCUGGCCCGGCAGCCCGCAGAGAAGGCGGCCGAGGUCCUGAUGCGGGUGCCCAAGAAGGGCAGCGUGUUAAAGAAACGCCUCGUCAAGCUCGUUGUCAACUUUCUCUUCUACUUCCGGACGGACGAAGCGGAGCCUAUUGGAGCUCUGCUGCUGGAGCACUGCAGGAUCACCAAAGAGGAGGAGAACGUCUUCUCAAUCAGUUUCAUUGAGGAGCCCGAGAGGAAAUACUGCUUCGAAUGUGACAGUGAGGAGCAGUGUCAGGAGUGGAUUGAGGCACUCAAGCGAGCCAGCUAUGAGUUCAUGAGGAGGAGCUUGAUCUUCUACCGGAAUGAGAUCCAGAAAAUGACAGGGAAGGACCCCCUGGAGCAGUAUGGGAUCUCGGAGGAAGCCCGCUUCCAGCUGGGAGCACGCAGGCAGUAAUCCCCUCUCUGGAGCUGCCCUGGGGACAGCAGCAGCAGUUUCCCUGCAGCAGUGACCAAGGGACUUCCUAAUUUAUUGGCCACACCAUUUUGUAUGAUUUUUUAACACGGAAUUCUUUGCACAUUCCCACUUAGCCCAGCUCUGGAGGCAGCCAGGCUGCACUGGUGGCAUGAGAGCAGAGCUGCAGCACCCGCUGUUCUCUGCUGCUGGGACAGGCCCUGAGCCAGCUCCAGCCCUCCUCUUCCUCCCCUCCUUCUCCUGCAGGGAACUACUCAGCUUUUCUGGCUCGGGAUCUUCCUGCAGACUCCAGGGGUUGUUCAGCCCCUGCUGGCAGAGGAUGCUCCACCUGAUGGCAUUUCUGUGCUUGCAGGGUUAACCCUGUCCCAUCCACUCCUUCUCAUUGAGAAGCCAUUCCAUGCUCACCAAGCCUGGUGGUCCGGAGGAGCUGGAAGCCUUCCACUACCAACAGGAGAGCUCAGCUGCAGGUGACAGGGGGGUGACAUCCCCUGUGUCAAGGCAGCCACCAGCUCCAGCCUCUGGAGUGGUUUUCUUCUUUCUUCCUCCUCUGGGCAGGUUGGUUCAGUUCCUAGAGGCUGGAGGAGCAGAGCAUUUGAAAGCAAAGCUGAAAGCACAGGGAGCAGAGAGCAGGCUGAGACCCAUGGAGGGGUGCAGGAAGGAAGCCAGGUGGAGGUUUGGAAAGAUGGGAACUGCUCCACUUUGGCUGGAGGUUGUGGCUUCAGGCCCUGCAGAAGUUAAUCUUGGGGAGCAUGUGAGAGCUGAGCAGUUGCUGCAGCAUUUGUCCCCUCUGUGAGCAUCCGAAGACUGGGACACUGGAAGAGCAGGACACUGUGCCACAGUCAUGAUGAGCUGCCAGGGAACAGGCGCUGCCAUCCCUGGGGCUCUACAGUGAGGUGGUGCCAGGGACCAUCCGUCCUCGAGGCUCUGCACCUUCAGCCUGGCUCUGGCUGCGCAAAGGAAAACUGCCCAGGGAUGAGGGGUGGAAGGACCCGAGUCCUGGGGCUGCAGGAGACCCAGGUUCCUGAUGCCCACAGCAGCAGAGGAUGCAGUUGGCAGCAGCUGCCCUGGAACCAGAUCAGGAAAAGCCUCCAGGAAGCCCCUGGGAAGCUCCCAGGUGCCAUUGUCGGGCCCUUGAUGGCAGAAGGGACUAGGGCAGAUGCAGCACGAGAUGAACUUUGGGGUUCAGCUGCGUAGCAGGAGCACUGCUGCAGCAACCAGCACAGUGUAAGCCAGGGGCAGCCUUGUGCUGUGAGCUGGGCUGGAAGGGAAGUUCUGAGUCUUCCUCUGGCUGGGAAUUGAUGCUGAAACAAGAGCCUGUAUUGCAAGCCUCAGUGACCUGGCCUGCCCUCAUCUCGCGCUGCUGGGCACCAGGAGAGUGGCAGAUGUCACUGAUGCUUUAGAUUCAGUCUCAAAGCCAAGGUUUUUCCUUUCCCUCCCCAGAUACUCCCUUUCCUUUCAAUCAUUCCAGGUGCUCGCUCCAGACAUUGCCAAAACAAGCCGAGGGGCAGCUGGCCUGCACAAUAAGCUGAGGGCAUGAUGAGGUGGAAGCAGAACCCAGGGCGGUUUUGAAGACAGAUGGCAUCUCCAGUGGAAGCAGCAGUGAGGGAUUAAAGGCAGGAACACAAAGCUUGUGCUUUAGGGAAUUGGUGUCCUCAGCUGACUUUUAAAGUGCAAUUUAAUCCUCACGAGCCUCCUCUGCUUUACCUCAGUGCAGGGGCAUGUUCCUGGCAUGCUGGUGGGUGCGCAGCAGCUUUACUGUGACAGAACCUGGUCUGGUCACUUGUGAGGACGGAUGGGUGGAUGCAGCUCCAGCUUCAGCAUUGGUUUGCCAGCCAGGAACGCUGCUGCAGCACUGCUUUAGGGGCAGAAACCCAAACUGAGCCCCCCUGGGUUCAGGAUCCAUGAAUUCAUCAAUGCACAAAGUCAAUCCAUACAUAAACCCUGGGAAUUCUGCCCCAUUCAAUCAUUUCCAGCCAGCAAGCGGGCGGCGCAGCAGCAGCAGCUCAUACCCUGCUGCCCUCAGGACCAGCCCCUUCUCAACCUUGUGCCUUUCAGCUCCUUUCACCUUCACUGUACCUAAAAAUGGGCAUUUUAUGUUAUGGGAACAGUUGGGGGGGCAGGAGAGAAUCCCACCCCCAUUUAAGAGGUUAAUGACAUUUCUGACCUGAAUGUAAGACAAAUGCUGUGAAGCCUUCCAUGGGCCCAUGGCCAGCCCGAUAAGUAACUUGGAUCAUCUUCCAGCCUCACGUAGGACACUGGGUGAGCUUUCAGGAGGAUGAUGCUGCCAAGACACGAGAUCCACGUCGACUGCUUGUGAUUUAUGGACACUUGGUCGUUUUUCCUCCUCUGGUCACUGUGCUUUUGUAUUGUCAGUGCUGUGUACAGGCUCCCGAUGGUGUCCUGAAGCCAUUUAUCUGUUGUACAGCCACAUUUCCAAUAAACACUUGUAAUCUUG